AACUCUUGCUCCGAGGACCCCGCUCCAGAGACACAGCAGCGCUCCACCGCCCACACCCACAGCGCGCCAGCUCGCGUCUCCACCCGGACCAGUCCGCGCCACCGCAGCCGCCCAGCCCACCGCCACCCUCUGCAACCAUGUCCACCAGGUCCAUGUCCUCGUCCUCCUACCGCAGGAUGUUCGGUGGCCCCAGCACCUCCAGCCGGCCGAGCGCCAGCCGGAGCUACGUGACCACCUCCACCCGCACCUACAGCCUGGGCAGCUCGCUGCGCCCCAGCACCAGCCGGAGCCUAUACACCUCGUCCCCGGGAGGCGUGUACGCCACGCGCUCCUCUGCGGUGCGCCUGCGGAGCGGGGUGCCCGGCCUGCGGCUGCUGCAGGACUCGGUGGACUUCUCGCUGGCCGACGCCAUCAACACCGAGUUCAAGAACACCCGCACCAACGAGAAAGUGGAGCUGCAGGAGCUCAACGACCGCUUCGCCAACUACAUCGACAAGGUGCGCUUCCUGGAGCAGCAGAACAAGAUCCUGCUGGCCGAGCUCGAGCAGCUUAAGGGCCAGGGCAAGUCCCGUCUGGGGGACCUCUACGAGGAGGAGAUGCGGGAGCUGCGCAGGCAGGUGGACCAGCUGACCAACGACAAAGGCCGUGUCGAGGUGGAGCGCGACAACCUGGCCGAGGACAUCAUGAGGCUCCGGGAGAAGUUGCAGGAGGAAAUGCUUCAGAGGGAAGAUGCCGAGAGCACCCUGCAAUCUUUCAGACAGGAUGUUGACAAUGCUUCGCUGGCACGUCUUGACCUUGAACGUAAAGUGGAAUCCUUGCAGGAAGAGAUUGCCUUUUUGAAGAAACUACAUGAUGAAGAAAUCCAGGAGCUGCAGGCCCAGAUUCAGGAACAGCAUGUCCAGAUCGAUGUGGAUGUUUCCAAACCUGACCUCACUGCUGCUCUGCGUGAUGUGCGUCAGCAGUACGAAAGUGUGGCUGCCAAGAACCUUCAGGAGGCCGAGGAAUGGUACAAGUCGAAGUUUGCUGACCUCUCCGAGGCUGCUAACAGGAACAAUGAUGCCCUGCGCCAGGCAAAGCAGGAAUCAAAUGAGUAUCGGAGACAGGUGCAGUCCCUCACUUGUGAAGUGGAUGCGCUUAAAGGAACUAAUGAGUCUCUGGAACGCCAGAUGCGUGAAAUGGAAGAGAACUUUGCUGUCGAAGCUGCUAACUACCAAGACACUAUUGGCCGCCUGCAGGAUGAGAUUCAGAAUAUGAAGGAAGAAAUGGCUCGACAUCUUCGUGAAUACCAAGACCUGCUGAAUGUCAAGAUGGCUCUUGACAUCGAGAUUGCCACCUACAGGAAGUUGCUGGAAGGCGAGGAGAGCAGGAUUGCUCUGCCUCUUCCAAACUUUUCUUCCCUGAACCUGAGGGAAACCAAUCUGGAAUCCCUCCCUCUUGUUGACACCCACUCAAAGAGAACACUUCUGAUUAAGACGGUUGAAACUAGAGAUGGACAGGUUAUCAAUGAAACUUCUCAGCAUCAUGAUGACCUUGAAUAAAAAGUGCACACACUUGGUGCCACAGUAUACUACCAGCAAGAAUAAGAAUUACAUAUAUUAAAGAAACAGCUUUCAAGUGCCUUGCUGCAGUUUUGGUAGCACAAGAUAGAUUUGGAGUAGGAGUAAGUUCUAGUUCUUAAGAACCAACACUCAUGAAAGAAUUAGAAAUAGAGUUUACUGCAUAAUCUAGUUAAUGAAGGAGACUUGUGCUAGAAUACUUUCUGAAAAGUAUUUUUGACUACCAUAAAACUGCUUUUUUUCAACAACUAUGUGAUACCUUGUGCUGCAAUAAAUAUUUGGAAAA